AUGAAAAAAUCCCUCCAGAGUAAAAGUGGCCACCUGGACCUAUUUGUCCGCUUCCUUCAUGGCCUCUCUCUGGAGUCCAACCAGAGACUCUUAGGAGGUCUGCUGGGUCAGACAGAGAUCAGUCCAGAAACCAUCCAGAGAGUCACCAAGAACCUGAAGAAGAUGAACAGUGAUAAAAUCUCUCCUGACAGAAACAUCAACAUCUUCCACUGUCUGAUGGAGAUGAAUGACCUCUCAUUAUUUCAGGAGAUCCAAGAGUUCCUGAAGUCAGAGACCAAAUCAAAGGAACUCCCUGAGAUCCACUGCUCAGCUCUGGCCUUCAUGCUGCAGAUGUCAGAGGAGGUUCUGGACGAGUUGUACCUGCAGAAGUACAACACAUCAGAGCAGGGACGACAGAGACUGAUUCCAGCUGUGAGGAACUGCAGAAAGGCUCUACUGACUCAGUGUGGACUCUCAGUGACUCACUGUGAAGUUGUGGCCUCAGCUCUGAAGUCCAACCCCACCCAUCUGACAGAACUGGACAUGAGUGGAAACAAGCUGCAGGACUCAACAGUGAAGCUUCUGUGUGCCGGACUGGAGAGUCCAAACUGUCGACUGGAGACUUUGAG